AUUCUUUCUUCAUCGUCUCUUUUGAGUACGUGUAACGAUUCCAACGUGAGAUUAUAUCUGUAUAUGAAGGAGUUAUGUUGAGAAGAGUCCUUUAAAGUAGUUCAAUGGUGGAUUUCUUGAGCACGAAGUAACUGAACGCCAAGUGUUGUUAAUAUGUCGGCAAAGAGGAAGGAGCUUCUGUCCUUAGCCAUGAAGAGAACUAGUGACUGGAUUUCUUCUCAGGAGAUUUCUAGUGACAUUGCAGUUCACAUUGGAGAAACUUCGUUUUCACUCCACAAGUUUCUUCUGUCAAAAUGUGGGUUUAUAAAGAAACUUGCUUCCGAAUCAAGCAACGAUUCCAACACUACCGUUAUCAAGAUCCCAGAUUUUCCUGGAGGUGCAGAAGCAUUCGAGCUAGUCAUCAAAUUCUGCUACGGUAUAAACUUUGACAUGAGCACAGAGAACAUUGCGAUGCUGCGAUGCGCAGCAGAGUAUCUAGAGAUGACAGAGGAACACUCUGUUGCAAACCUCGUGGAGACAACAGAGGUUUACUUGAACGAAGUGAUCCUAAAGAGCUUAUCGAAAUCUGUGAAAGUUCUGCGAAAAUCUGAGGAGCUGUUGCCUAUAGCAGAGAGAGUGAAGCUCGUGAGCCGUUGUAUAGAUUCAAUUGCUUAUGUAAUUUGUCUGAAAAGCCAGAGCAAGGAGGAUAUAGUGGACUUGUGGGCUGAGGAUUUAGUUGCUCUAAGGAUCGAUAUGUUUCGACGUGUCUUAGUCGCAAUGAUGGCUAGAGGGUUUGACCGGUACGCGCUUGGUCCAGUGCUUAUGCUCUAUGCUCAAAAAGCUCUUAGAGGUUUGGAGAUAUUUGGGAGAGGGAAUAAGAAGAUGGAUGCGGAACAAGAACAAGAGAAAAGGUUGGUUCUUGAGACGAUUGUGAGUCUUCUUCCGAGGGAGAGAAACGCAGUUUCAGUGAGCUUUCUUUCUAUGCUUUUAAGAGCUGCCAUAUACCUCGAGACCACGGUAGCUUGUAGGUUUGAUUUGGAGAAGAGAAUGGGAUUACAGCUAAGACAAGCCGUGCUUGAUGAUCUCUUGAUCCCUUCUUACACAUUCAAUGGAGACAACACAACGUUUGAUGUUGAUACCGUUCAACGCAUCCUCUUGAACUAUCUUGAGUUUGAAGUUGAAGGGAACUCUGUUGAUUUCGCCAGUAAUAUCGGUGAACUGAUGGAGUCUUAUCUCGCAGAGAUCGCUUCUGAUAAGAACAUAAACUCGUCGCAAUUCAUCGGUUUAGCUGAAUGCAUUCCUGAACAGUCUAGGGUUACUGAAGAUGGGAUGUAUCGAGCCAUAGACGUCUACCUCAAGGUGCAUCCGAACAUAAGUGAAGUGGAGAAGAAGAAAAUUUGCAGCUUAAUGAACUGUCAAAAGCUAUCGCAAGAAGCUUGCGCUCAUGCAGCUCAAAACGAACGUCUCCCUCUAAAAACCGUAGAACAAAUUCUCUACCAAGGUUUUAGAGAUUCAGAUUCUCCAGCAGCCGCAACUGCAUCAGAAAGUCUUCCUUAUCAUAAGCUAGGCUCAUACAACAAUGAGCUCUCCAAACUAAACCGUGAGAACCAAGACUUGAAGCUUGAGUUGCUCAAGGUGAAAAUGAAGUUCAAGGAAUUGGAGAAGGAGAAAGCUCUUGAAGUCACGAGUGGUUCGGAUUGUUCUCUGGUUUCAACUACUUCGGUGGUUAAGCCUCCGUUACCGAGAAAGUCGUUUAUAUGCUCUGUUUCUAGGAAACUCGGAAAGCUUAACCCUUUUGGCCUGACAGUACAAGGACGAAACAAACCACCUAAAGACCGAAGACAUUCUAUCUCUUAGUAACAAUCCAUAAACACUUGUUCUUGUUGAUGAUUUUCAAUUCCUGUGUUGUAAAGGGUUUUCUCUGUAUCAACAUAUGAUUUUUCAUGUUUUUUUAGGAUUAUCAACAUAUGAUUUUUUCAUGUUUUGAUUGUAUAUAAAGCGAGCCAAGAAAAGUAUCUUUGAGUUUUGGUGUUUGGUGUAAUCCUAAAGUCAUAGGGCAAUUCUCAUUAAUAAUUUUUUU